UGACACCGCCGACACUUCAAGUUCACAUAUCAUGGAAACAACAGCUGAAAAUUCACUUCCUGUCCAUUUGUAUGGAACGUCAUCAUUAUGCUUCGACAAAGAUGAUUUCAUGAAGAAUGACUUUUCAGUUGAUAAUUUUGUCCGAGUUCACCAGGCAGCUGGAAGUGGAGGCCUGGAGACUCUACGUGAUGAUUUGGGAGUUUACUUGAAGAUCCUGCGUUCUGCUAUGAUUGAAUUAAUCAAUCGGGAUUAUGCUGAUUUUGUUAACCUCUCAACUAACCUAACUGGCUUGGAUAGACUGAUUGAAGCUUUAAAAACCCCGUUAGGACAGCUACGCGAAGAAGUGUUGAGUGUAGAAAAAUUACUGGAUGAUGCAAUAACUACAACGUCCCAGGAUUUAGAGAAACGACAAGUCUUUACGAAGCAAAAAGCUAUGUUACACAGGCUUACCCAAAUAUCAAACAGAUUGGACCGAUUAGAGGCUCUCUUAAAGUCUGGUGGAAAAGAAGGGAGAGAGACACUGAAUGGGUAUGGAGAAGGAGGCGAAGAAGGUGAUCUUGUUGAUCGUUUAGCAGCUGAGGUGAAUCAUCUGAACUUCUUGGUGUCACACUGUGAAGGAUCAGCUCUCCUGGAUGUUUGCAAGCCAAGAGUAGCCAAAGUCUGCCAGUUCGUUGAGCAUGGCUUGGAACGAGGAUUGCGUGAAGGAGUUUUGAAUAAAGACCUUUCCCUACUAAGAAGAACCUUGAGGACGUAUGCAAGUCUUGGUAGUGUAGCACAUGCUCACCAACUUGUCAGAGAACUUAUCAGGAAAAGCCUGGAAGAUGUCAUCAGUGAUUCAGCAUUGCGAUCAGAUCCCCGAGGUUUACCAGGAAUGUAUGCCAACACUUUGAGCUCUGUAAAUAAUGUGUGCCAGCCACUGCUCCAAGUCACCACUGGACAAGGGUCAAAUGUGGUCAGAGGGUAUAGCUUCUUGAUGAGAUCUGCAUGGCCUGAAGUUGUUACAGCACUAGAGACAGGCACACCACACAUCUUCAAUCCAGGAAACCCAGCUGCUUUCCAUCAGAGAUACCUGGAAACUGUGGAAUUUUUAGAGGCUUUUGAAAAGCUGCUUGGGAGUAAAGAAAAGAUUCUGGAGUUCCGAGAAAUGCUGGAAUACAAGAAUUUCAUGGAACACUGGAAUUUGCCUGUUUACUUUCAGAUCAGGUAUCAAGAGAUUGGGCAAGUGGUUGAAUGCAGCUUGAGCCAGAACACAAGUGGGCUGACAAGAGUUACCAGUAGCAAUGGGGAUUUCAUCUUCUCUGCCACUCAGACUGUUUGGGAGAGCCUUCUCAAAUGCUACUCGCUAGAAAUUUUUCUGCCACCUCUCCUCCAUCGUUUCUGGAAACUAACACUGCUGAUAUUAUCACGUUAUAGAACAUGGGUUGUCACUGUAACUGACAGUAUGAAGACUUCAAAGUCAUCUGUACAGACAAGCAGGCCUUCUGGAUAUGGACCUUCACCAUCCAAAUCUCAAGACCAGUCAAAUAUAGCAGGGGAUAAGGCUGGUGAUGCAACAGCAGAAAAGCAACAAAUGCACAUGCCUUAUGAUAGAAAUUCAGCAGUAUGUUUGAUUCAUGACAUUCAGAAGCUAGCCCAGAUGUUGACUCUCUUGUAUAAUCAGGCCAUUGAACCUAAAGUGUGUUUCCUCCCAGCUGAUAAAGUGUCUGCUAUCAGAGAUGAAUUAUCUGACCAAGGUGUUAAAUUGACAUCUUUAAUCAAUGGUCUUAGUGAAGUAAUAGUUCAAUCUCUGGUAGAGGCAGCAACUAGUUCUCUAAGACAGGUUGGAGACACACCAAGACUGUACCGUCGAACAAACCGUGUUCCUCCCACAGCUCACCAGCCAUACAUUGCAACAGUUGCAUCAGUUCUGACCACAUUUAAUAAUGAAACAAUAGGAAAAGUUGAUUCUCAGAUACUGAUUCACUGGCUAACCAGAGUCUGCACAACUGCAUGUGAACAAUACAAAUCUCUAACUUAUGAUGUUCUGAGUUCUGUUCACAAAAUGGAAGAGAGCUUAAAGCGUCUAAAGCGUGCAAGAGACAGAGGAGCCCAGGGAGGUGCAGAGGUCACUGGGGGAUUAUCAGAUGAUGAUAAAAUUCGCAUGCAAAUCUGCCUUGAUGUUGAGUUCUUUGGAAAUCAGAUGAAAUCCCUUGCAAUUGAUUUGGACAGUGUUGAUUCAUUUGUCAGCCUCCUGACAAUGGUGCAAAAUGCUAAAGAUGGCAAGUUUGUGCCAUAGGAUAUAUAGAUAUAUUUGUAUAGAGUUGUAUAUAUUUAUUUUUUGUCUCCUGUAUUGCAAUGUGUAUUGUUAUUUGUGAUAGUUGCAAUGAACUUAGAAUACUGAAUAGAUUGUGAUUUGUUUUGAAACAAGCUGGGAGUUGGUGCAUUGUGUGUGUUUUCUUGCACUGAUUGUGUUACAGAUGUGUUAUUAGUAUGCUAGGGUACACUUGCUAAAAUCAUUUAAAUGCUUAUAUUAGAUAAAGAUUGAAGAGAUAAAUCUGUUGGGAAGCGAUAUGGUUCUUACAGUCUUGGUGAGAGAAUUUAAGCCAUAUGUGAAAUAUUGCAACUUGAAUGCACAAUCAUUUUGAAUGACUGUGAUUUGGUUAGUUAUACCCCCUUUGCAUAAUUUGUAAUUGUAUGACUGUUGCAAAUCAAGUAAAAAAUAGAUUAUAUGUAUAUAUAGGUGCACAUCAUUAUUCAGAAGGACAUCUGAGGAAUUAAUCAAGAAUUAUUUAUUCAUACUUUAUCAGGUAACCAUGUGGCUAUAGAACUUGGAAAAAGUCCAAAAAAAUUAAUAAACAAAAUAGGUGGAUAACUAUUUGUGUAAAAUAUUCUGGUUUUGAGGUAAUGUCACCAUUACAAAUAUAUAUUUUGUCCUAAUACUUCUUUGA